UUCAACCCCUACCUAUUACAACUGGAAUGCUGUAACUUAACUCUGACAAAUAUAAUUCCGCUGUAUUCUCACACUCCUGAGUCCUACCUCCUCUCUUGAUUGUAAUCUCCUUUUUGACCAAAGGUGGAUUUGACUAUCUUGGUUACCAAGAGAUGUGAAAAUUCUGUCUUGUAAUAAGACUAAGGAUAUCUACUCAGUAAAGAAGAUAUCUUAGUUGAUUGAAAGAAGACGAUGAAAAGAAGAUUUGGUUGCAGUUAUGGUUUUGCUGGGGAAAAGGCUAUCUUGAAUAUUCUGCUUGCAAUCUCGUCAUCUCUUGACUACUGUGGUGACAUAGGUCUCAACAGGGUUUUCAUUACCUAAUAGAACUAUGGCUUACAACGGCAUUGCUUAUUCAUCUGUACAAUCACCACAGCAUAGUAAAUUAUCCGCCAUUAAUCAAGAAAUUGAUCCCAGCAGACGAAGCAAUGGACACCUCUCUCUUUUUAAAAUGAAGUUCUCUAGCAAGGGCUUCUGGCAUUUACGGGGAAAGCUAAAUAAUUUUGUUGCCUUCUCCCGUGGACAUCCUAUAUCAUGCCAUUCAACAAAAACUUGCAAUUCUGAAACAAGAGAGCGUGUCAGACACUUAGAUGAUUGUCCCGAUGUAUGUAGAGAACGAGUUGAAGAUGACCAUCCUGUUGGGCUUCGAAGAACUGUUUCUUCAAGUCAGGGAUUAGCUGAAGCCUGCAAAUAUGUUUGUAAUGAUGCAAAGUUUGUGAAUGAGAGGGCUAGAAAUGACAUUGUAUUGCUUUCUCGAGGCAUAAUGAGAUUGGAUGCCCGUGCACGCCAAGACAUUGCUUUUCUUGGGACAGAGUUCCUCAAGCUCGAUGCUCGGGCCAGGGAAGGUACUGAGAAAAUUGACCAUGACGUAAAACGUAAAGCUGAAAGGCUUCAUCACGUUGCCAUGAUUCUGAAAAACAAAGCUCAAUCAAAGCUAAAAAGUGCUGCCGAUAAACAUUGGAGUGAUGGUGCUCUAGAGGCUGAUUUAAGGCGUGCUGACUUUGCUGCCAAGCAGCGAGCUAUGGAAGAUGCACUUAUGGCUCUGGAGUUGGUCAUGAAUAUUCACGACAUGAUGGUGAGCAAGAUGUACAAGUUUCCUUCAAACAGCAAAAGAGAUUCUCUAAACAAGAAGGCAGAGCAGAUAACUCUUGAAAAGAAUGGAAAAACCCUUGACUUCCUCCCUGGUGAAAUAUCUGCAGAUCGUAUUACUGCUAUUCAGGAUGCUUAUUUGAGCAUAGCAUCUGCACUGUCAGAAGGUGAUGGAAUUGACUAUACUGAUCCUGAGGAGCUAGAGUUCUUGGUUGCCACUCUGAUAGAUCUGGACGCAAUGGAUGGCAAAAGCAGUGUCUCGCUGUUGGCAGAGUGUUCAAGCUCCCCUAAUGUCCAAACCAGGAAAGCAUUAGCAAAUGCAUUAUCAGCUGCUCCAUCAAUGUGGACUCUUGGAAAUGCAGGGAUGGGAGCCUUGCAGAGACUGGCUGAAGAUAGCAAUCCUGCAAUUGCUGCUGCAGCAUCUAGAACCAUCAAUGAAUUGAAAAGGCAGUGGGAAAUAGAGGAGGGAGACAACUGGAGGUUCAUGGUGAACCAAACACCAGGAGAGGAGCCGGAGAGGAAUGAAGAUAAUACAGAUUAGGGGGGAUUCUAAAUUCUUACUCUAGAUAGUAAAGGAGCUGCUGCAUCGUUGGUUGAUCAUAAUUCAUAAAUUUCCCCAAUCAAGUCUAGUGGUGUAAGGAGUGACCUGUUACCUGUGACUUUGGAACUAAUAUACUGAGAUUAAAAGAAAUAGAAAGAAAGGUUUUCUCCCAAAAAAAAAAAAAAAGGGAAGGAAAGAAAAAAAUUAAAGAGGGAGGAGGGGUGAGGGGUGCCAAAACUAUCUUCUAUAUGUUGAAUAUUGCUCUCGAGUACAUGGACAGCUAGAAGAUUAGGAAUGUUUUAGUUCAAACACCCAUUAUGAGAACAAAACUUAACUA